ACAAAGACUUCCUUUUGCAAAGAACAUUUUCUGCGACUGCAUCGACAUUUAAGUUUUAAAAAAUGUUGGAGAACGUUUUCAACGUAUUUUGUUUUAUUUUGCAUCUAAACAAACCGAUUGGUAAUUGAUUAAUUAAUUUUCUAGAUUGCUUUAGUAAUUGAAAUGAGCUGACGGUUUCCAUCGCGAUUUUGGGCAGUCAUAUUUUAUUUAUAAAAUAUUUACAAUGGAGAAACGAGGGGAAUCCUUUGAUUGCAUAGAAAAUAAGAUCAAUUUGAACAGAUACGUUGAAGAAAUAGAGAUGCCUAAUUUGAAAGAGUUACCAAAUUCGGCCAAUAAAAUGAAACCAUUCAAGACCGUUAAAGUUCUUCCUGAGAGAGGAACAUGGGGAACCAAACUAGACUUCAUACUUUCCGUCGUUGGUUUGGCCAUAGGGUUGGGGAAUGUUUGGAGGUUCCCUUAUCUUUGCUAUAAAAAUGGCGGAGGAGCCUUCCUCGUCCCAUAUUUCAUUACAUUGUUCCUAGCAGGAAUUCCCAUGUUCUUUAUGGAACUCGCUCUUGGUCAAAUGAUGACAAUUGGUGGAUUGGGCGUCUUUAAAAUAGCGCCAAUCUUCAAAGGAAUCGGCUAUGCAGCUGCUGUCAUGUCCUGUUGGAUGAAUAUUUAUUACAUCGUUAUUUUAGCAUGGGCGAUUUUUUACUUCUUUAUGUCGUUAAGGUCCNUUUAA